CAUUCCCCUUCUUUCCUUUCUUUCUCUUCUCUCUUUCCCCUUCUUCUUCUCACGCACGCACACCACACCGAAACAAGAGAGACCGACGUGAGAUGCAGAGAUUGAGAGAGAGAGCUGCUGGCCGGUUAGAAGAAGAAGAAGAAGAAGAAGAAGAAGAAAGACGAAAAAGAGGAAGGUGAUGAAGCCUAAGGGGAUUUCGGCCGUGGAUGGUUGUGAGGUGCAUUGCAGUUGAGUCAAGAGUUCACCGAAGGCCGAAGGGUACCCAAGCGAACAUUCUGGGUGGAUAAGCCGAAUUGUAGAGCAGCCAUUUAUGUUGUGCCCUUUCAAGUACUUGCUCAUCUCCUUAAAAAUCAACUGAGCUUAACCCACAUUAUUGGAGCCGUGGUCAUGGAAGCCAUGGUGAAGAAAUAUCAGCAAAAGUUGCGGAAGGUUAGGGACGAGAUAAACCGUUGGGACGACCUCCAAUCCCGUUUACUUUCACAGUUCAAGAACGCCUCCUCCAUCAUCGAGAGGUUGCAGGUGAUUGAGGACUCCAAAAACUAUGGUUCCCUGAAUUGCAUGGAUGACAUCGUAAACGCGGUUCUGACAAAGCAGGUGGAGUCCUUGGAGGUUAUUUUGGUUUCCAUGAAAAAAACCAUGGAAGAGUUUCAUGGAAUUGUUUUGUCAAUCGAGAAGAUUCAUCGGGAUAGUAGACAGCAAAUUAAAGUUGGUUCUAGUAAACCGAGUGCGAAACAACUGCAGCUACGAGUUGGCAUAAAACCUAGUCUUGCUGAUUGCUUAGAUGGGCUUCUGGUUCUUUAUGAUAUGCACCAUUCAGAGUACCGUCUUAAGGCAUCAGUGGUUUCAGCACUAUCAACACUUACCUUCAAACCUAGUGCCAGUGACCUUUGUGCUCUCCAGCAACUCCUGGUCGAUCAGCCUAACAUCCCCAAAGACGAAGUUCAAUCCAUCUUUGAUAUCAUAUUUGUAGAAGCAAUCUGUUGAUUCACCAUAUGAUUGGGUAGACAGUUUUGUAUCUUGGAUACCUGAUGAUGCGGGAAGACGAGAAUUAAUUAGGUCUUUAGUUUUAUAUAAUUAUUAAUUACUUAGAUGUAGUGUUUAAUUUCAAUUUUAAGAGUUGUAUUAUUUUAGAAUUCAAUAAUGGGUUUGGCCCAAAAUCAGUCAAAUUAAAGUUAAAAUUUAGUCAUAGAACAAAGGUUUUGUCAGUGCUCUUUUGUACUCCAAUGGAGAAAGCAGGCUAUUGAGAUGGCUGAUGGGUAUUAUAUUAUGCUUAAUUUCACAUGUUUAUUCUUGUA